AUGAUGAAAAAGAAAUCUGUCUAUACCAACAUCACCCCGAUUCCCUCGCACAUCCCCCGUCAACUGGCCAUUGACAUGCUGCACAGUCAUGGCGAGAUUAUCGAGCUGAACCCCCUCGUCACCGGCUACAAACCCAUCAAAGCCCCUCAGAGUGCGCCCGCCGAUGAAUUCUUCUCCACGUGGUACGAAAUCAAUGAGAGGAUCCAGUAUGUGCCGGGCAUAGGAAGAGCGGGAUCGGGCAAGAUAUCCUUCAAGGGCUGCUUCCACGAUAUGCCGUGGGGUCUACAGACACAUGUCUAUGCGCCUAUGGGCGUGGACUUGCGCAACAAGUGGCAGAUUCGGGGCAAUCAACCAGGCGAGCCGCCCGAGUCGAGAGAGCUGGGAAGCAAUGCCCCUCCCGAGGGUCUUUAUCUACGUGAGGACAUUGAAAUCAAAUGUAACCCCGCCAUGGUGUCAUUUGUAAAGAAGGAGAUGAAGGCCGCCUCGAAGACCAUGGUCGACCGCUUGGUGAAAAAGGCCGAACUGAUCGACGCUGGUGUGCUGAGUGCCAUGAUGGAAGACGGCAAACUCAAGACGUUGAAUCCUGCAGAUCGCUCGCAGACAUUCCAACAACAAGGCCAUUAUUCCCCGUCCAUGCUCUCCCCCCUUCCGCAAUCCGCUUUCCCUCAAUCCCCGGCUGUCCCGGCGUUUCAACAGUCGGCAUAUGCAAGACAAUCCAUGUACGGCGCUCCUGGCCCACAAUACUCACCAGCACAGCAGAGCCAAGGUCUGGCGAUUGAAAUGGAGGGAAGCACGCAUUUCAUCCAACCACCCCCGCCUCAGCAACAUCAACAACUGCAUCCCAACCGGUUCUCGUCGGCAGUCUCUGAACUGUCUGCCAGCUCUCCAAACCAAAGUGACUUCCCACACACUAGCAGCCAGUCAGACCGGCAAAGCUAUGCCGAGUCUGUCAGUUCGAUGCCGAGCUCUGUCGCCCACAACGGGAUGGUCUCGCCUGGCAUGGAAAAACGAGCAUUCAUGGCCGAAUUACCAGCAGGCAUGGCACAUGCGCCCAACAGAUCGCCUCGGAGCCCAGACCCAAACGCUAUGUCAGCGCAAGCUCAACAGCAAAUGGCACAACAACAGUACCGAUACAACCCUCAGGACUAUGCUCGGAUGUCAUGA